UACGUAGAUGGUAAUGUAUCGUCUGCUGAGCACACGCACAGCGUACCCGCCUCGCCGUGGCUGCGUUGGCGGCUCGGCACGAUUUCCGUAACAGGCGAAGCUCUUGGGCACGGUGGAGCCCGAUCUGAGAGCCGGCGUCGAAAAGCACAGCUGGCUCCCAAUCACGGCCUGCCUGCUCGAGGUCAAGAGCAGGACGCAAACAUACUGCAUGACAGAGCACCUGCGCGCGGGAGGGGCAGCAAACACUGCAGCAUUGUGACCAAGCUCAGGGCAUCUUUUGAUCUCUCCAAGGAGCUACGCGUGGAUUGA